AAAGGCUUUGCACCUGACGUAAUACAAAACCAAAAAUGUUGAUAAAAGUGUUGUCGUUGACUUAUUGUCUUCUUGAAUUAACGACAUACAUAGACGAAACCACAGCUCUCGAUCCUAUCAAUCCCCGAGUCAAAGGGACACCAUCCGUAAUCGGCGUUGUAACCGACCCGUACCUCAAUCGUGAUUCAUGUGGAUCAACAAAAUUUGGUUCACGAGCAUUGUGGGUAUGUCGGGACACAAAUGUUUUCAAUGCUACGUUGCCCAUUAUCUGCAAUUCCGCAUGUACGGCGACAACAAAUGGCGCUCGUUUUAUCCGUUAGUACCUCAUAAUUGCGACGGAGAGUCUGGACGACCGGGAAAUCAAGCAGGAGGAUGUCCAGGCAGCAGUCGUUACCCACAUUGGCCUUCAUCUCCUCCACUUGUUGCAUUCGACGAUGGGAACACAGCGAUUGCGUAUACGUGGAUAUCAAAUACCCAUUUGAAACCACAUUCAUUGGAUGCUUACGAUUAUGAUCCCUCAACUGCACUGUAUCGUGUCACUUACAAGUACGGCUCGGAUAAAGGCUCCUUACCGAAGGCUGAGCUAGUUAAUCCAACAUUCUGGUCGAAAAACGAUUAUUCAUACGGAUUGGCAGGAGGAGUAGUUCGCAAAAACGUUGCAUAUCUUUGGGGCCAAGAUUCUCACGGAAAAAUGGCUCUUGCUCGAGUUUCUGCACGCAGCAUAGAGAACAGUGCCGGUUACGAAUUUUUUGUUGGUGGCACUUGGACUAAGAAGAAGCCAGUAGUGGGCGAUAGAGCUGCUUCAAUUGAAAAUGUGAGUGCCGGUGGACAGGGAACAUACUAUUGGUCGGAACACUGGCAAAGUUACGUUUGGAUUGGCCAGUCGUCUCCUUCAAUCCACGCGUACUUCUACAUUACCACCGCGCCAAAACCGGCAGGUCCUUGGGCGAAGCCGUCGUAUUUUUAUUCGGGAGAAAAUGGAAAUGGUAUAUUUCCAGCAUAUUCCACCCAGGCUCAUCCAGGAUUCUCUGACCCAGGAAAGAACGAGAUAUACGUGACGUACACGAAAUGUGAUGACCGGCCUUACGACGGCUACUCCACGCCAUUGAUUCGAAUCGAAUGGGAAAGUAUCAGUCCUAAAGGAAGCACUGGUUGCAGUGGUAAAUAUCAAAAUGAAAAUGGCUGGUGCUGGCGUUACUGCAACGGAACCAGUGGACGGUGGUGUUACACUCGCAAGGAUUGCUUAUCAAAGGAGUAUGUUUGCGAUACAAUGUCGAAAUGCACAGGGCUCAGUUGUGAUAUCGCAGAUGAAGGAUGUGUAAAAGAUUGUCCGUAAAAUAUUAAAACCAGCCACUGGAUUUACAUCCAUCAUGAUGGAAUGUUUUAAAUCCAGAAGAAUUAAAAUGGUUUUGGGCUUAGAACAUAUUUAUAUCAAUCAAACGCAA